AUGGUUCUUCUAUUUGAUGAUGUACCGAUCAAAGAAUAUUUCACUAAACUUUUCAAUUUUUAUGUUGAUUUUCAAGCGAUCAAUCCAAGAUACAGAUGUCUUUUUGGAAAGUGUCAUGUGUUGAAUGCAGCAAAAAUACUUUUGCUUCUCGAAAUAUUCAUAGUCACUCCAAUUUAUGUCCUCUUCCUUUUCCCUUGGUGGCUGAUGUGGAUUGGAUUCCAUUAUGCUUUGAUUCUAGUCACAAUCUACUCGAUUCGUAAAAAGAAACAUCGUUUCAUAUGGCCAAUGGUUUUGUUCACUUUGAUUCAAUUCUUCUUCUGGGGAAUUCUAACACUGUUACAAUUGGUCAUCGCUUUCUUCGACACACAAUCAUUCUUAAACUUUUAUUCUCAAGGUCAUCAUGAAGAGUUUUUCGAGAAGGCGUUGGUUGUGGUCAUCGUGAAAUUGGUCGUUUUCUUGAUUGGAGCUUUUCUAUUCUGGAGACUUUCUGUGUUCUACGCAGUUAAGAAUUACUUCUCUGAUCGGUUAGAAGGACAGAUUUCUGCAACAGAGGAGAGCAAAGGAAUGCAAGGUGUCGCUCAGAAACUGUUACUACCUGUUUAA